ACUAGGAGCAAGGACGCUACUAGGGGCUCCAGCUCCACCGGUCUCGUGGCUGUGUCCAACCGGUGCGUGUCGAGGUCAUGGACAGUGGCAGCUCGGCCCAGGAGGCCCAGGAGGCCGACUUCACAGUCAGCGAGGCGGCUGAGGAGGCCGAUGUACUCGCCCACGAUGGCUUGGUGUGACGCGUCUGGAGGCAGAAGUACUGACCGCAGUCUGGAAAGCACUGAGCUCCGUGGGCAGGUGGAAGCGAUCUUUGAGGCGACAUUCGGAGGUGGCGAGUGCCACGAUGGCGGUGGCAUUUGGCUGGAGCGGCAAAGCUACAUCGAAAUUCUUCAAGAUAUUGAUGGUGCCACGCUGGAGGAGGCCCAUGCCAUUCUGCAGGACUACCCGGAGGAUUCAUGGCUUCGUGUCAAAGACUUCUUGGACAUCCUCUUCACCUCAGAGGUGUAGUGGGAGAUCCAUAGCGGGCCGGCAUCCAGCUGGUGCGACUUCUCAAUGGGAUGGGAUGCAAAGAGCUUUGGAUUCAUGAUGAUUCAUAGCUACUUCUUUAUUAACUUAUUUUGUAUCCCGAAAGUUUGCCAAAAAACGACAGGACGACUGUGAUGCUCAAGACAGACCGUCAACGGGAUACCAGUAACGGUUGUUCGGUUGUUCCGCCAUGCUCCGCACUUCAGAGCAGACAUAUCUGGUGGACAUCCUAAGUAUCAACGGCAUCAUUUCAACACCAUAGACACUUCGUUUUCCCGAAUGCGUAGCGAAGGGUUCUCGUUUAACUCUGGGGGUCUGGGGGUAGAGUCUUGUUCGC